GUGUGUGUGUGUGUGUGAGAAUGUUAUUUACAUAACAUCCUGUGUAUUCCGUAACAGUUGUGUUUGUGUACUACUAGUGUGUGUGUGGUUGAGUGUCUGAGUGUUUGUGGGAUUUGAAUGAGUGAGUGUGUGAUGUUGAGGGCCUUUUUCCUCUUCUGGUCUCCACUUUGAAAGAGGACUUAAAGUAGUGAUGAUGUCUGGUGAAAUCAUCUACUCCGAUGUUACAUUCACUCGGCAUCAGAACCAAGAUACUAGAGCAGAAAGUGAAGUUUCUAAUGCCGAACGUGAAGAAGAUGUCACAUACUCUGAGGUUAGAAGACCGGGAGGUAGAGCUAGUGAGCAGGAGGAUCCUGGGGAAGGAAGGGACCCUGGCAAUAGUGACCCCACUCCCCCAGUGGGGUCAAAGGCUACAAUCCCUGAGGGAGGGUCUGGGAGCGUUCCUGUGGCGACCCUGGUGUGUCUCUGUGUUCUACUGUUGGGCCUGGCUAUCACUCUGGGAGUCCUCUAUGGUUCCAAUAUGACUAGUCUUCAAGCUGAGGAGGCUCGCUUUGCCCAGAUGAAAGAGAAUCUAACAGGGAAACUGCAUGAACUGCAAGACAACUAUAAGAGACUGCAGAAUGAGACCCACAACAUAACAGUCCAGAGAGAGCUGUUAUCCUCAGAGCUACAAGAAUGUAAUGCCAACCUUACUAGGGUCAAAGAUCUCCUGGCAACCAUCCAAGGGAAUCAGAAGAGAUGUAAUACCAGUCAGCUGUGUUCUCCUGGCUGGGAGUUCUACAAUGGAUCAUGUUACUACUUCUCUAAAAACAAACUGACCUGGGAACAGAGUCAGUACGCCUGCAUCCACGAUGGAGGACAUCUGGUCAUCAUAGAGAGUCAGCAGGAGCAGGAGUUUCUAAAACAGAGAGUGGUAACACUUGGAAUUGAUCCUUAUGAACACAGCCCCUGGAUUGGACUGACAGAUGAGAAGCAAGAGAAUGUGUGGGUGUGGAUGGACAAUACAACUCUUAAUGAGAACCUCAAAUACUGGGACUAUGGCGAACCAAAUAACCACGGGCCUAUUGGUGAAGUAGAAAACUGUGUCCGAAUUGGUCAAACAUGUCACAAUAAACUAAAUUGUUGGUUUGACUUUCCAUGUGCCGAUCCAUCUAAGAGAAUCUGUGAGAGUCGGGCAGUCUGUGAAAGUCGGGCAGCCACUCCAUAGUGAAGCCAAAUGUAGUGUAUUGAAUGAGUAACCAGCACAUGGCACCAUAUUGUUGGGUAGGACAGCAUAAAAGGCCAGUUUCCUAGACACAGAUCAAACCUACACUCUUAGAAAAAAGGGUUCCAAAAGGGUUUUUCAGCUGUCCCCAUAGGAGAACCAUUUUUGACUCCAGGUAGAACACUUUUGUGUUCUGUGUAGAUGAAGAACUCUCUGUUGAAAGGGUUCUACAUGGAACCCAAAAGGAUUCUACCUGGAACCAAAAACACUACUUCAAAGGGUUUUCCUAUGGGGAUAGACAAAAAAAUAUUUUAGGUUCUAGAUAGCCCCUUUUUUUUCUAAGAGUGUAUUGCUGGACUAAACAUGUUCAAUGUCAUUUUGAUUAAUGCAGAGUACUACCUUUAUUUGAGCUUUUGUCCACACAACAAAUAUUUCUGCUUUUAGCUAUAAUUGACUGUCAUACCUGUGUGGUUCCUCCACAUAGCCAGCUGGAUCUGACAGAUCCUACUGAAAUGGAUUUAACUUUUCUAUUUAUAUUGGUAAAUAUGUUUUCUCAUGUAACAUUUGACAUUUUAGUUCAUUAACAGACGCUCUUGUCCACAGUGACCUACAAUUAGUGCAUUUUAGUGAAUAAUUAGAUAUACAGAUCAAUACAGUAGUAUUAGAGAACAUAUUUAACCUGUAUGGUUUAGUCUGUAUGGUUUAACCUGUAUGGGUUUAGCUUGCAUAGUUUUUUAGCCUGUAUGGCUUAGCCUGCAUGGUUUAGCCUGUAUGGCUUAGCCUGUAUGGUUUAGACUGUAUGGCUUAGCCUGUAUGGUUUAGACUGUCAUCUCAACCUUCUAUUCAGGAAAAUGUAACCUUUAGCCUUUGAACUUAUUUUUAGUUUUUUUUAAGUUCUCUUCUUCACAAUUUCCCAUGUGUAAAAAAUAAAUAAAGUAGUAUAAGAAAAUAACAAUAACAAGGCUUUAUACAGAGGGUACCGGUACCAAGUUGUGCAGGUUAGUCGAGGUAAUUUCAGGCUGUAUCACAACCGACCGUGAUAGGGCGGCGCACAAUUGGCCCAGCGUCGUCUGGGUUUGGCCGGUGUAGGCCGUCAUUGUAAAUAAGAAUUUGUUCUUAACUGACUUAGUUAAAUAAAGGUUAAAUAAAAUAUCUAAACAAAAUUGGUAAUAUGUAUAUUUAGGUAGGGGUAAAGCGACUAUGCAUAGAUAAUAAACAGUGAGUAGCAGCUCUGUAAAAUAUAUAUGUAUAAACAAAAUUAUACAUGGUUCAAUGUGCCAAUAAAUCAGCACAAUCUACUUUUUCAAAUUGCCAGCGUCUUGAAGCAAAAAUUGGGUUCAUGUAUUCUGUGCUAAUGAACAUACAAACAAAUUGAGUUCCAUUGGAUGGCACUCUUGUACCGCUGGUUGCUGGGGGGGACUGUGAUUCAGUCUUCUAUUUUGAUGAAGUGCUCACUUUGUCCACUGGGUGGUGGACUUCCACUGCCGCUCCUGGUCUCCCUGCACUAACGUAGAUAGAUGUCACCUCAGAUCCAAGGGUUUCUGUGGUUUUGGUCUAUCUGGUAUAGCGUUCACUGGGUUGUCAACUUCUGGAACAACUACCUGUUAGGAGAUGAGAAAUCAUAACAACAUUUAAAUGAUAAUUCUUAAAAAAUGUGUUUAAACCAAAUAAAUGAUUGACAGAGA